AUGCCACGUAAGCUACGUAAGAAUAUACGUAAGAGGAAGGGAGCAUUGAAACAUCCAAUAGUAAAACUGACACCACAACAACAGUUGCAACAACAAAUGAUGAAUGACCCCACUAUGUUGCAACAAAUGUCAAGCAACCCUAUGCUUUUAAACCGAGUUAUUGGUGCACAGAGUGGAGGUUUAAGAGCGGCACUUUUAGCGAAAAUGGCAGGCUAUGGUGGAGCUGCAGACGGAACAGCUUAUAACCCUCAAAGUCAAAUGAAUUUGAGUUCACUCAAAAAUCAAAUAACAGAUGUAUCUCAUACCGAAAUGGCUCACAAAAAAAGUGACAUUUUUUGGCGCCAAUAA